CCAAAGCAUUUCGAAAAUUAGGGUUCCUCUCUCUCAUCAUCUUACGGUCGGACAGAUCCGUCAUGCGGCCGUAGCGUUUCUCCCGCUCCUCAAAACUUUCAAAUGAAACUCUGUCUCAUAUAUCGUCUCUAAAGUCUUUCUCUCUCUACAUUCAAAUACUCCACCGAAUUCCUGUCUCUCUCUUUCCAUUCAAAUACUGCACUCCAUUUCUCUCCCUCUGGAGCUUAAGCACCGGAUAUCGGUCUCUGCAUCUUGCGAUCUCCUCUUGUUUGAAUCUUUGGUAAAAGGCUUGGCCUCUCUGGUUAGGGGGAUUGCUCCUCUUCCGACCGGUGUUAGGUUUUAUUUGUCAUUUAAGUAUUCCAAGGGUUUCCUUCGCUUUGGGCCCUCUAGGGAUAGGGGUUUUCACAGAAGAUGGCCAUGGAGAUCACACAGAUUCUUCUCAAUGCUCAGUCUCCCGAUGGCAACACCCGAAAAGUUGCAGAGGAAAACUUGAAGCAGUUUCAGUUGCAGAAUCCACCUGCUUUUCUCCUCUCUCUAUCUAGGGAGCUCUCUAAUGAGGAGAAACCCACUGAUUCUCGUCGGCUAGCUGGUAUAAUCCUAAAAAACUCUCUGGAUGCAAAGGAAGCUUCGAAAAAGGAGGAGCUUGUUAAGUCAUGGGUUGGCCUAGAUCACAACCUCAAGUCUCAGAUCAAAGACCUCCUAACCCUAACCCUAACUUCCUCUGUGCAAGAAGCUCGCCAUACUUCCUCUCAGGUCAUAGCCAAAAUUGCAGGGAUUGAGAUUCCUCGCAAAGAAUGGCCUGGAUUGAUCGCUCGCCUUCUUGGAAAUGCGACUCAUGAAACAUCUGAUAAGUCUUCUGCUUUGAAGAUUGCUACCCUUGAAACCCUAGGCUACGUUUGUGAAGAGGUUUCACCUCAGGACCUUGAGCAAGACCAGGUUAAUGCAGUUUUGACGGCCGUGGUUCAGGGGAUGAUGAGCCCCUCUGACCCCUCUGGUUCGAUUAGGCUCUCUGCUACUCGAGCUCUUUACAAUGCCCUUGAUUUUGCGCAAACCAACUUUGAGAAUGACAUGGAAAGGGAUUUCAUUAUGAAGGUGGUAUGCGCAACUGCUCAAUCGAAAGAGAUAGAGAUAAGGCAAGCAGCUUUUGAAUGCUUGGUUUCUAUCUCUUCAAUUUAUUAUGAAAUCCUCUCUCCUUAUAUUGAGAAUUUGUACACAUUGACUGCUAAAGCAAUCCGAAAGGAUGAGGAGCCGGUUGCUCUUCAGGCUAUUGAGUUUUGGAGCUCAAUAUGCGACGAAGAGAUAGAACUUCAGGAAGAGGAAGGUGAGAAUUUCAAUGGGUUUAUAAAGCAGGCAUUGCCUGCUCUCGUGCCCCUUCUUCUUGAGACCUUGACAAAGCAAGAGGAAGACCAAGACCAGGAUGAAGGAGCGUGGAACUUGUCAAUGGCUGGUGGGACAUGCCUAGGGCUUGUUGCUAAAACAGUGGGGGAUGACAUACUUGGACCUGUUAUGCCAUUUGUUCAGGAGAACAUUGUUAAACUUGAUUGGCGUUGCAGAGAAGCUGCCACCUUUGCUUUUGGGUCCAUUCUUGAAGGGCCGUCCUCUGAGAAGCUUGCACCUGUGGUGAAUACGGCUCUCCAGUUCUUACUCAAUUCUCUCAAGGAAGAGAAGAAUAACCAUGCUAAGGAUACAACUGCAUGGACACUUAGCAGGAUCUUUGAAUUUUUGCAUUUUCAGGGUAAUGAAUUCUCAGUUGUGACCCCUGAAAAUCUAGGGCACAUUGUAACUGUGCUUUUGCAAAGUAUUAAGGAUGCUCCAAAUGUUGCCGAGAAAGUUUGUGGGGCUAUAUACUUCCUUGCUCAAGGGUAUGAGCAGGUGGCAAAUGUUAGCUCGGUUCUCUCUCCUUACAUUGGCGAUAUGAUUUCUGCGCUUCUCAUUACUGCUGAUCGUUCAGACGCAGGGGAAUCUAGACUGAGGGCUUCGGCCUACGAGACAAUUAAUGAGAUUGUUCGAUGUUCAAAUGCUUUGGAAAGUGGGAGCAUUAUUGCUCAACUCCUACCUGCUAUAUUGAAUAGGUUGGGUCAAACAAUGGAGAUUCAAGUGAUUUCUUUAGAGGAUAGAGAAAAGCAAGGGGAUCUCCAAGCCCUACUUUGUGGGGUUCUUCAGGUGAUUAUACAAAAGCUUAGCUCCUCUGAGGCCACGAAACCUAGCAUAACCCAGUUUUCCGAUCAAUUAAUGACACUGUUUUUGAGGGUUUUUGCCUGUCGCAGCUCCACUGUUCAUGAAGAGGCAAUGCUUGCCAUUGGCGCUCUGGCUUAUGCUACUGGUCCCGAGUUCUCGAGGUAUAUGCCUGAGUUUUACAAGUAUUUAGAGAUGGGGUUGCAAAAUUUUGAGGAGUAUCAGGUCUGUGCCAUAUCUGUUGGGGUUGUGGGUGAUAUUUGUAGGGCUUUAGAUGAGAGAGUGCUUCCUUAUUGUGAUGGUAUCAUGACCCAUCUUCUCAAAGACCUCUCGAGUAGCAUGCUUCAUCGCUCUGUGAAGCCCCCGAUAUUCUCUUGCUUUGGUGAUGUUGCCUUAGCUAUUGGUGAGCACUUUGAGAAGUACCUGCCUUAUGCCAUGCCUAUGCUACAAGGGGCCUCGGAGAUAUGUGCUCACGCUGGGGUGAACCAGGACGAGGAGAUGGCUGAGUAUGCUAACCAGCUGAGGCAUGGGAUAUUUGAGGCUUAUUCUGGAAUCCUUCAGGGCUUCAAGAAUUCAAAGGCCGAGCUGAUGAUGCCCUAUGCAAGUCACCUAUUGCAGUUCAUUGAGGCAGUCUUCCAAGACAAGGAGAGGGAUGAAGGUGUAACAAAAGCUGCAGUUGGUGUUAUGGGGGAUCUUGCAGAUACUCUUGGUGCAAACACUUCAAUCUUGUUCAGGGGUUCUUCCUUCUACCAAGAGUUCCUUGGGGAGUGCAUGCAAUCAGAGGAUGUGCAGCUGAAGGAGACCGCAUCUUGGGCACAAGGGACUAUCAACCGUGUUUUGGUUUCAUGAGGUGAAACCAUUAUGUCUCUUUUCCUCUUCGAGGUUAUUUCUACUCUCUUCUUUGUUUCAAAUUUUUUUUUGGAUUUAUCUUUCCUCCCUUAAGUAUGGGAUUUAUGCAUGACUGCCGAUUAGAAGGGUAUUUGUAUCAUAUGAUACAGUUUAGUGAGGUAGUUUAAUUGUUUUGCCUUUGAUAGAGGAGAGAUUUGUUGGUUCUGGAAUGCUGUUAUAUUGGUCCUUUUAAUGUUCAAUGCAGCCACGAAAGGGUGGUAGAUUGAAUGGCUC